GACGGAUCUCACUAGUCCAGCUAGGGGGCUCCUGUGCGCUGAUAUUAGUGUGUCCUUCACUUUGGACCCGAGCUGACACCGGUCAACAUGGCUUUCGCAGCUCCUCAGAUCGUCAGAGGCUUCUCGUCUUCAGCUGUCCGAAAUGUUGUUAUUAAAAAUGUAACGAUCAUCGGUGGUGGACAGAUGGGUGCGGGGAUUGCACAAGUUGCCGCAUCAACGGGCCACUCUGUGACACUGGUGGACACAUCUGGCGACAUCCUCAAAAAGUCCAUUAAAAUGAUUGAAGGGAGCCUUAAACGAGUGACGAAGAAGAAGUUUUCCGAUAAGCCGGAAGCAGGUGAAGAGUUCAUCAAGAAAGUUGUGCAGAAGGUGUCGACCUCGACAGACGCCGAGUCUGCCGUUCAGGGCUCGGAUCUUGUGGUGGAGGCCAUUGUUGAAAAUCUAAAGAUCAAGCAGGAUCUUUUCAGUAGGCUCGACAAGUUGGCACCACCGCACACCAUCUUUGCCAGUAACACGUCCUCGCUGUCUAUCUGUGACAUCGCCAGCUCCACCAACAGGCAAGACAGAUUCGGUGGCCUUCACUUCUUCAACCCAGUUGCUAUGAUGAAGCUGGUAGAGGUGAUUGGAACUCCAGCAACAAGCCAAGACACUUUGGAUUCCCUCCUGGACUUCAGCAAAGUGCUUGGAAAAACACCAGUGUCCUGCAAGGAUACCUCUGGAUUCAUUGUAAACCGUCUACUUGUUCCAUGCAUGAUGGAGGCCGUCCGGUUGUAUGAGAGAGGCGAUGCAUCCAAAGAAGACAUUGACAUUGGUAUGAAACUCGGCGCUGGUUAUCCCAUGGGGCCAUUUGAACUUGCUGAUUAUGUAGGACUAGACAUAGUAAAGGCUGUUAUUGAAGCCUUCAAGACAAAGGAUCCUAACAACCCCCUCUUUGACUCGAGUGACCUGCUGAACAAGCUGGUUGCAGAGGGCAAACUUGGCAUAAAGACAGGAGAGGGAUUCUACAAGUACAAGUGAUCUCCUGUGAAUGUGUGCAUUCAUCACUGAACCUGGCUCAACAACUGAUCAGACACUGGUAUAGAUAAGUGCCUUUGCCGUGUGCAUUAAAGAGCAACUGUUUUCUAAGUCAGCCUGUCAGUUUCCUUUCAGUGUCCAGCGAAUUUUAAAGCUGAAUAAAUAGAUUUUUAAAAACUU